UACAUAAAUCGCGAUGGGAGGUACGGUCGCUCGAAACUUGGUGUUUCAACCGCCUGCAACAAGAACUACCUCCUCAUGCAUUUUCGACAACGUCGAUACCAAUCAUGUUUGGCUCGAAACUCGGCUCGGAUCCAAAAUCGAGGCUUUUUUCAUAAGUCGGCAAGCGUCUUUAACGAUAUUAUUUUCUCACGCAAACGCAGAGGAUGUUUCCAUGAUAUAUCCGUGGCUACGAGAUGUCUCAACUCGUCUUAACGUCAAUGUCGCCUCAUACAGCUACACGGGCUAUGCUGGGAGUGAAGGCAAACCAUCAGAGCAAGAUGUAUACUCUGACAUUGACGCAUUGUGGGAAUACCUCACAAUGAUCCGCCGCAUCCACCCUAACCAGAUCAUCUUCUACUCGCGGUCAGUUGGAUCUGGACCAACGCUUUAUCUUUCGGAGAAGCUCUGCAAGGCAAGAACACCGCCGGCAGGAGUCAUCCUACAAUCACCAAUCUUGUCUGUAUUCCGGAUAGCCUUCGAUUUCCGCAUCACCUUACCCGGUGAUAUUUUUCCAAAUGUUGAUCGAAUCCCGAGUAUUGAAUGUCCUGUUUUCAUCAUGCACGGAACUCACGACGAAGUUGUUCCCUUCUGGCAUGGUCAGGAAUUAUUCAUUGCAACGCAAAUACGAUGGCGAUACAAGCCGUUCUGGAUUGCUGGCGCGGGGCACAACAAUAUCGAGAUACUCCUUCGUGAUUCCGGACUGCUUUUCAAGAGACUGCACGAGUUCUUGGAAUUCUGUGGCUCUCCGAUGGCCAGUGAUCCAAGUGUUGAUUCGCAUUAUAAUACUCUUACUAUCGACCGCGGCGCCAACACCAGCAUGCAAAUUCACGCGAGUCCAGUCGAAGGGAGUAGUCGAGAUGGUCAAUCGCAGGCGUCGGGCUAAUGCUGCUGGAAUCCUAGUGUAAACUCACCGUAGCCGCACGGAAAUUCGGCGCGUUCUAGUUUUGGCCUCGCCCGGGCCCCCGCGCUGAGCUGGACACGAGAAACCCAACGAAGGUUCAAAACCAUGCGUCAAUCACGCGUGAUUAGCGCCAUAAACCACGUGGCCCAGAAACCCGCGUAAUUUACGUAAAUCGCGCGGAUUUUACUUCAGCUCGC